AUGAAUUCGAAACAUUACACUACAGUCGGAGGAAAGAGAAGGAAGCAUCUCCAUUUGGAUGUGCCUCAAGCCUUCAUCCCGGAAUUAGCUUGGUUUAAAGUGAUGUUAUACGUGGCAACCCAAUCAUCGGAAGAUCUCUUUCGUAUGGCAUCUGUGUGCCCAUUGUUCAAUACGUUGGCAAACACUCCACAAGUGUGGAACACAAUUUCAAUGGAAAAGUACCAAGACCAUCCUAACUGGUACUAUGCCUCAACGCAGGUCCGGCAUUUCGUGGAACAAUGCAGGGCUUGCGAGAACCGUGAGGCGAUAUUUAGAGAAGCGUUCGACGUGUUUUUCAGGCAGGGUAAUGUGGAAGCAUUGUCUGGGAUGCGCGUUGCAGCCACGACAGGCCAUAUGGAAGCGGCAUAUCUAGUUGGACUACUUGGCAUGUCCAAAAUUGGCUGGCCUAGUGAAGAAAAGAACAAUCCUGCCUUCUGGACUUGUUGCAAUCGAUGCAAAUGGCACCAUGAGAGUGUUUUUUGGUUCAAGGUGAUGCGUGUCUAUGUUGUGCCAGGGAAUCCAUACCCUUAUAAUUAG